GAGAGCGAGAGACGGAGAGAGAGUAUAAUCGAGAGAGAUUUCACCAAUCACUUUACAACACCUCCUUCGCCUCUUUCUGACUAUUUGCGUCUCAAUCAUCUCGUUGCAAGUGACGGAGCUAGAGGAACAGCGACAAGAGAGAUGGGAGACAAUGUAUACAAGAUCACCAACCUGUGCGACGCCAUCGAUCAUUCCAUCUUUCCAAGCUACCGAUAAAGUCUGACGCAGCACCAUAGAGAAAUAUAUUUUGACGAUAGAACAGAGGGAGCAUCAAAGCUGCAAAUCCUUUGAAUUAAUUAACCUGUUACUUUGGAUUGUGAUGCAUUUACAAUACAUGUCGGUUUAUUUUACUUCAAUGAAGGAUGACAGACUACGGACGCGUCCUCUGCUUCCCCGCUGCUAUCAGCAAACAGAAUGUAGUCUACGAAUUGUAAAAUAGUCCAUGUUUUACGUAUCUUCUGGAUUUUGGGCAUAUGCGCGCAUUGGAAAGGUAUAAUAAGUCUAUAGGCUAUAUUUUCUUUAUUGAUGGACAGACGUGGUGUGUACGCGCACAUAGCCUAAGCACGAUGAUGCAUUCGUAGCCUAGCUGUUGGCAUACACCCUAAAUCUCUACACACGUUUCUGCAUGUAUGAUAACCCCGACCUUGUCAUAUCGAUGAAAGUAGUGGUGAUUUAUGGUACGCAUUUCACCUAUCUCAAUCAUCACACAUCGUUCUGGGAAUUUUAAUCACAUUUCUGAUGGCUUGCAAUAAUCAGCAGUUUAUUUCACAGAAUACUGAAUGCAUUUGACAAACAUUUGACAGAUUCGCCUACUUGUUUAUUGAUCAUUAGGCUACCAGAGAGUGUUUUAAAAAAAAGAACGCCAGUUACGUAUUGAAAGAAUAAUAGGCUGCAAAAAUAAACACAACAAAAAGAUGAAAAAGGUCAGCCUCAGAAGAGAUUCUGUAGGUUACCGAGAAAACGGCAAAGGGGUCACAUUUCAGCGUUGGGGUUGUGAGACAGUCAGAAGAGAAGGAGCCGCUGCGGCCAAGGAGCCUUCUGUGGGACUGCACGACAAGGAGCUACCGCUGCCAGCGUUGAAAAGCAUGGCUUGGGGUUGGUGGAAGAAAGAAUCGAAUAAUCUUGAGACAUCAUAACGAUCAUUAUAACAAUAUACAUCACGAAAUCUUUUGAGUAAUAGGCCUACCACAUUUUUGAUUGUGUUAAGAGGUGUGGCAAGUAGCCAUUUCAACAAAAUAUAUAUAUAUAAUAUAUAUAUAUAUUGGUCAUUAUUAGCAUAUUUUAACAAAGGCUAUUUAUAAUGUGUAUGUUGUAUUUACUAAUAUGUAUAAUCUAAAGACUGUGUGCAGGUAUAUUUGAAUAAUAGCCUACUUGUAUUCUUAGUUGCACUGACCUUAUAGUAUUGUAAUAAUGGGAUGUUUGGAAAGACGUUACCACAGACACAAGCUAAGUCCAUGUCACAAGCGACACAAACUCAUUUGAAAACAGUAUCCUGUUAAUGUGCUUCUCCAAAAUCUGCACACUGAUGAGAACUGCCAGCAAGAUGAACAGCCUUAUCACUCAUUGUCCUCAAAAAUGCACAACAUUUUGGCAAAUUACAUAUGCUUACUUCACAGAGAGCUAUCUUCACUUAUUGAAAGUGUGUUAUCAUAAAUGCAAUUGCACACAUUCAAAGAACAUCUACAGUAAAGGUGAACAUUUUCAAAUGCAUACUAAUUUAGCUUAAAAUAACGAGAUGCACACACUCCUAUUCCUGUCCAUUGUGAUGUGAAGAGUACCAAUUUGGUAGUGAUAAAGGAGCAUGGAUAUCAGGCCACUUUAAGUGUCUCAAAUGUGGUCACAGAGAAUACUGUUAAGCACAAGCUAACUUAAAAAGGAGAGGACCCUAUACCCUAUUACUGGACACAUCUCAGCCUACACCCCCUGUGUUGUGGACCAACAAAACCUGGAACCUUUCUACUAACCCCCCUGCUUAAGCAACUUGGAAACCAACCCUGACUCUGACUCCCUGAUAUAACUCAGUUGUCAAGCUGCAGUACUUGGAAAUCAACGACUCACAGCCUGACUUUUGGAGCACGCUCGCGCUCGCAGGAAGAGCAUUGCCACUGCGAGACAGCCAAGCAUGGAAAUCCCUCCCACUGCCCCCCAACAACCCUUCAGACAACAAAGCUUCCUCAGUCGAAAGUUGAAGGGCUCCAUCAAAAGGGCAAAGAGCCAGCCCAAGCUGGAUCGAACCAGCAGCUUCCGCCACAUGAUUCUACCCCGUUUCCGUAGUGCUGAUCAGGAGAGGACACGUCUAAUGCAGAGCUUCAAGGAGUCCCACUCUCAUGAGUCCCUGCUUUCCCCUAGCAGUGCAGCGGAGGCUCUGGACCUCACGCUGGAUGAAGAUGCUGUCAUCAAACCUGUCCACUCCAGCAUAUUGGGCCAGGAGUAUUGCUUUGAGGUGACCACCAUUUCAGGGACAAAAUGCUUUGCCUGCCGCUCGGCUGCAGAGAGAGACAAAUGGAUUGAGAAUCUACAGAGAGCUGUCAAGCCCAACAAGGACAAUAGUCGAAGGGUGGACAAUGUGCUUAAGCUGUGGAUCAUUGAGGCCAGGGACCUUCCUCCUAAGAAGCGGUACUAUUGUGAGCUGUGUCUGGAUGACAUGCUGUACGCUCGCACCACCAGCAAGCCCCGCACGGACACUGUCUUCUGGGGCGAGCACUUUGAGUUCAACAACUUGCCUGCCAUUCGUAGCCUACGCCUGCACCUUUACAAGGAGACAGACAAAAAGCGACGCAAGGAGAAGAGCACGUACCUCGGCCUGGUCACUAUCCCCAUAUCGAGCAUCACAGGCAGGCAGUUUGUGGAGCAGUGGUAUCCGGUGAUCCAGCCCAGUGCUUUGGCUAAGGGUGGCGGUGUAGGCGGUGGCAAGGUCAUCAAUGCCUCAAUCCGCCUCAAGUCCCGCUACCAGACCAUGAGUAUCCUGCCCAUGGAGCUGUACAAGGAGUUCGCUGAGUACAUCACCAAUAACUACCGUACGCUGUGUGCCGUGCUGGAGCCUCUGCUCAGUGUCAAAAGCAAAGAGGAGGUGGCGUUCGCGCUGGUGCACAUUCUCCAGAGCACGGGCAAGGCGAAGGACUUCCUGUCAGACAUGGCGAUGUGCGAGGUGGAUAGAUUCAUGGAACGAGAGCAUCUGAUCUUUCGAGAGAACACCCUUGCUACUAAAGCCAUAGAGGAGUACCUCAAAUUGAUAGGGCACCGGUACCUCAAGGAUGCCAUAGGGGAGUUCAUUCGAGCUUUAUACGAGUCAGAGGAGAAUUGUGAAGUGGAUCCCAUGCGUACUCCACCGUCUGUCCUGGCCGACCACCAAGCCAAUCUUCGCAUGUGCUGCGAGCUGGCACUCUGCAAGAUUGUCAACUCUCAUUGUGUGUUUCCGCGGGAGCUGAAGGACGUAUUUGCCUCCUGGAGGGUCCGGUGUGCCGAGCGGGGAAGGGAGGACAUCGCAGACCGCCUCAUCAGCUCCUCCCUCUUCUUACGCUUCCUGUGUCCCGCCAUCAUGUCGCCCUCUCUCUUCAACCUCACCCAGGAGUACCCUGGAGAGCGGACCUCCCGCACACUUACCCUCAUCGCCAAGGUGGUGCAGAACCUGGCCAGCUUCUCCAAGUUUAGUGGCAAAGAGGACCACAUGUGUUUCAUGAACGAGUUUUUGGAGAUGGAGUGGGGCUCCAUGCAGCAGUUCCUGUACGAGAUCUCCAACAUGGACACGGGGAGCAAUGCCGGGGGCUUUGAGGGCUACAUCGACCUGGGCAGGGAGCUGUCAGUGCUCCACAGCCUGCUGUGGGAAGUCAUGGCCCAACUGAGCAAGGACGCUAUUCUGAAGCUUGGUCCCUUGCCACGUCUGCUGAAUGACAUCAGUGUAGCUUUGAGGAACCCCCAGCUCCACCGGCAGGCCAGCCACCAGCCAGACAGGCAGCAGGACAGGCUCAUCACACGGCCCUCCUUCAAUCGCCUGGUAUCAUCCGAUUUCCAGAGCCUCAUGAUGCGGGACCUCAACAGCUCAAUAGACAUCUCCCGUCUCCCCUCCCCAACCGCGGGAUUAUCUGGGGGUGGUGUCCUCUCGUCUCAUGUAAGCAUGGGAAGCUUUGCAGAACGAGACCCCCACGGCUCAAAGGAUGUUUUCUACGUGACCCGUCCCCCUUUGGCUCGGUCCAGCCCUGCAUACUGCACCAGCAGUUCUGAUAUCACUGACCCAGACCCAAAGGUCCUCAGUGUUAACAAAAGCGUGUCCAUGAUGGACCUGCAGGACUCACGCAUGAAUAGCAUCUCCAACCUCCAUUCAGUGGGCGAUAUGCUCAACUCCUCCCAGGCCUCUAUAGCAGGCUUGGGCCACAGUUUCGGGAACCUGGGCGGCCCGCUUCGCAUGGGAGGCCAUAUGUCCGCCGGUGGCUCUGGGAGCUCCGGCUUGAGGCUAAGCCAGAUGGGGGGACCCCUUCACCACAUGGGGGGUCCCACUGACUCUCUCUCCCAGCAGCAGCAACAUGCGGCAGCCGCCAUGCACUUCCCCCUCUCCUUCCAGAAUCCCCUCUUCCAUCUGGCUGCCGACAGCCCUCGGGGUCAGCCCCACAGUCGUCCUCAGGCCCAGCCACCUCCCCCUCCACUCUUGUUGGCCCCAGAGCUUGACAAUGCCCACCACCAACAGGGCUACGUGCGGGCAUUUGGCCACGGCGGCUUCUCGCGUAGUGAGGACCUUUCAGCCCUGCGGCCACAGAGCAGUCUGGUGCAGCCCAGUGUUGUCCACUCGCACAGCUACAGUGACGACUACACACGGCAAAACCAGAAUGCUGAAUACGCCCGGCGCCAGCUUUCGCUGCAAGUACAGGAGAAUCUUCAGCAGCAGAUUCUUAUGGGCAUGACCCCUCAGACGGCCACAGGCACGGGCACUCCCACCUCCUUGGCCACUCCCCCCUCCACCGUGUACCCUGUCCGUCAUGGCUCUGUAGCACCGCCUCCCCCACAGCGCCUCAAAUCCCAGCUGUCCAUCAGCCCCGGGGCCACCUCCACCCCUCCCAAGGCCCGCCCCCAGAGCAGGAACCUCCUUCUCCAGUCACCCGACUCCAGCUUUGGCGGCAGGCAGCCCUCGCAACAGCAACAACAGCAGCAGUUGUCCGUCAAACAGUCUGACAGCCCAGCCCCUGGGCUCCCGCACCAGUCGAGCUCUGCCAGGGACGGCCAGGGGGCGCCACAAGGGGGGAACGGAGAGACCACAGACACCCCGACUAAGAGCACAAAGCAGCCUCAGACCACAGACACCCCAACUAAGAACACCAAGCAGCCCCAGCCGCAGUCCCAGCAGCAGCAGCCUCCACAGCAGCACCUGCUCAAGCCGACAGUCAAUAAACAGGGUUCUCAGUCUCCCUCCACCCUGACCCCCAACGAGCGCACUGUGGCUUGGGUGUCCAACAUGCCACACCUCUCUGCCGACAUUGAAAUAUUGCGUAGCUCAUCGAACCUUGAGGACCUCAAGCUGAAGGAGUACUCCAAGAGCAUGGACGAGUCACGCAUGGAUAGGGUAAAGGAAUACGAGGAGGAGAUCCAUUCCCUGAAGGAGCGUCUGAUAAUGUCCCAUCGGAAGCUGGAGGAGUAUGAGCGCAGGAUGCUUUCACAGGAGCAGCAGACCAGCAAGAUCCUAUCACAGUACCAGAGCCGGCUGGACGACAGCGAGCGCAUGCUGAGGCAGCAGCAGCUGGAGAAAGACAGUCAAAUCAAAGGCAUUAUCAACAGGCUCAUGGCUGUGGAGGAUGAGUUGAGAGAAGAGGACUCUUCCUCUCUGGGUUCAGCAGACCCCCAUGGUCUCCCCGGAGGUGGGGGGGGGACAGCCACCGCCACUGCCAGGCCCGGGGUCUCCUUUUCAGGUGUCUCCUGUGCCAACUCCCCUUGGAAAGGAACCCUCCCUCCCCUCCCACCUCCCCGCCUACACGUCAGCCACAAUGGGGAACUCCAUGGCAACCGAGCCUACCCCUCGACUACUACCAUGGUUACGCCAGCCAGGAGCACGGCAUCAUGGACCUCGGCAACAGCAGCAUCAAAUCCGAGUUUAACCGGGGGGAGAGCAGUCUAAUAACGAAAUCCAAUCCAACCGUUUUACGGAGGACACCCUGGAACCUGACUGGCAGAGCUGAUAUGGGUCCCGGCAUAAUUCUAUUGGCUGGCAAAACAUAGAAGAGGUCUGCAGUACAUGGCUGCUCCAGAUCUGUUGACUUCCCACAACAAGCUGAACUUUUGGAUAAUUCAAGGGGGGGGGGGGUCUUCACAUGCUAACACACACACACAAACACACUCCUUCAUGCAUUUGCUCUUUCUCUCCCUCUCUCUGCAAUACCACUGUAAGUUUUGACCCUGGUGACAAUCAGCUCAAUAUGAGUGGUGAUGUUUACAUUGUCUGCUUGUUGCAGUGACCCAUUCACGAGUGAUGAAACAUGGCAAUAUUGAACCUGUUGUUUCUGUUUAAAUAGGUAUGACAAAGCACAAUACUGAGAAAGAGAGAGAAAGAGACUUUGGGGUAUCCCAAGAUUCCUCCCCCUACCUCAAAUAUUCACAUCACUUUAUUAAUUCCCCUGUGACAAACCUACUACACCGAGGCCUUCGCGAAAGCAGUAGGUUUUUUAACUGUUAUGCUGAACGCGUAACCCGCGGCCAGAGGGUAGAAUUCUUGAAAACAGAACCAGCACCCGGGAGCCUGUCGGAGAAACAUGCUGCCUACGCCCAUGUUUUAUUGAAAACAAUGGCAGCAAUCGGAUACUUUUACUGGGUAACGCGUCCAGUUAUGCUGUCAAACACUAUGGCUCCAAUUUAUGUUUUUUUAAUGUUCUUAGUAUUAAACUGAGUAGAUUAAUACUUAGUAUUACAGACGGUGAAUGAAAUGAAAGCCUAAUGCCAAUACUGCCCCUGUUCUCAGACUAUAUAUCUCUGUAAUGCCGUGAACAUAUCUAUUCUCUCUGGCCAAAUUGUUUCCUCCUUUUCCCUUGUACUGCUCUUCUCUAUCUCCACCCGAGAGUAAACAAACUAAAUAUGCACAGCCCUAUGUUUCACAACAGAAGGACAAAAGGUUUCGAUUAUCUAUGUCAUCUGGAUACAAUUUAAACCUAAGGAGCUGGGACAUAUGGACAUUGUUUUACAUUUCCUACAUAUGUGUUUUAAUGAUAUGAAUUACUCACCUGGACAUGUGUGGUGUUUGUUUCUUUAAAUUGAUAUCCCAGUAAGGUUUCUUUACAUUGUGGACAAUUCCUCUGGACCACUUCGCUUGUGUAUGUAUGGGUUCUCUUUGAGAUGGAAAAGAGGUGGAUUUGACCUGCUCUGCCUCCAUCAAAAUCUGGGACACACUGCCCUCUUGUGACCAUAGUAUCAAUCUGCACUCGAUAGCAGAGGAAGGAUGCUUCCUCAAGUGGUGCUCAGCUACAGAGCUCGUGUUUGGCUGGGGAUCAGGGAUGCUGCAAUUGUCAUGAGUGACCUGUUCCAGUUGAAUUGACGCCACUCUUUCACCUUGGACUCGUGCAGAUGCCUGGACUCCAACCUUCAGGUCGUACUCACCUCCCCUUAUCAUCACAUAGGGGUGUGGCAGAACAAUCAUCAGAUGGAAUAACUUAAUGUCUCAAUUAUUGAAUGGGUGUAUCUGUUCCUUGCAUAUAUAUAUAUAUAUAUAUAUAUAUAUAUAUAUGUGUGUAGUACCAGUCAAAAGUUCGGACACACCUACUCAUUCAAGUCUUUUUCUUUAUUUUUUACAAAUGUAUACAUUGUAGGAUAAUAGUGAAGACAUCAGAACUAUGAAAUAACACAUAUGGGAUCAUGUAAUAACCAAAAAUUUGUUAAACAAAUCAAAAUAUAUUGUAUAUUUGAGAUUCUUCAAAGUAGACACCAUUUUCCUUGAUGACAGCUUUGAGCACUCUUGGUAUUCUCUCAACCAGCUUCACCCGCAAUGCUUUUCCAACAGUCUUGAAGGAGUUCUCACAUAUGCUGAGCACUUGUUGGCUGCUUUUUCUUCUCUCUGCGGUCCAACUCAUCCCAAACCAUCUUAAUUGGGUUGAGGUCAGGGGAUUGUGGAGGCCAGGUCAUCUGAUGCAGCACUCCAUCACUCUCCUUCUUGGUCAAAUAACCCUUACACAGCCUGGAGGUGUGUUGGGUCAUUGUCCUGUUGAAAAACAAGGGAUAGUUCCACUAAGCUCAAACCGUGUGGGAUGGCGUAUCGCUGCACAAUGCUGUGGUAGCCAUGGUAGUUAAGUGUGCCUUGAAUUGUAAAUAAAUCACUGACAGUGUCACCAGCAAAGCACCCCCACACCAUUACCCCUCCUCCUCCUCCAUGCUUCUCAGUGGGAACCACACAUGGGGAGAUCAUCCAUUCAACUACUUUGCGUCUCACAAAGACACAGCAGUUGGAACCUAAGAUCUCAAAUUUGAACUAAUCAGACCAAAGGACAGAUUUCCACCGGUCUAAUGUCCAUUGCUCGUGUUUCUUGGCCCAAGCAAGUCUCUUCUUCUUAUUGGUGUCCUUUAGUAGUGGUUUCUUUGCAACAAUUCGACAAUGGAGGCCAGAUUCACGCAGUCUCCUCUGAACAGUUGAUGUUGAUGUGUCUGUUACUUGAACUCUGAAGCAUUUUUUGGGGCUGCAAUUUCUGGUAAGUCUAAUGAGCUUGUCCUCUGCAGCAGAGGUAUCUCUGGGUCUUCCUUUCCUGUGGCGGUCCUCAUGAGAGCCAGUUUCAUCAUAGCGCUUGAUGGUUUUUGUGACUGCACUUGGUAGAACAUGUCUUAAAGUAAUGAUGGACUGUCACUUAUCUUUGCUUAUUUGAGCUGUUCUUGCCAUAAUAUGGAUUUGGUGUUAUACCAAAUAGGGCUAUCUUCUGUAUACCACCCUACCUUGUCACAAGGCAAAGGGUGGCUACUUUGAAGAAUCUCAAUUAUAAAAUAUAAUUUGAUUUGCUUGACGUUUUUGGUUACAACAUGAUUCCAUAUGUGUUAUUUCAUAGUGUUGAUGUUUUCCCUAUUAUUCUACAAUGUAGAAAAUAGUAAAAAUAAAGAAUGAGUAGGUGUGUCCAAACUUUGACUGGUACUGUGUGUAUAUAUAUAGUUAAAUAUACAAGAAAAAGGUUCCAUGUACACUGAGUAUAUCAAAAAUUAGGAACACCUUCCUGAUAUUGAGUUGCCCCUCUGCUUUUUGCCUUCAGAACAGAAUCAAUACAUCGGGGCACAGUGAUGCUGCCCCAUGUUGACUCAAAUGCUUCCCACAGUUGUGUCAAAUUGGCUGGAUGUCCUUUGGGUGGUGGACCAUUCUUGAUAGACACAGGAAACAGCAGCGUUGCAGUUUUUGACACAAACCAGUGUACCUGGCAUCUACUACCAUUUCCCAUUCAAAGGUGUUCAAAUAUUUGGUCACCCUCUGAAUGGCACACAUACACAAUCCAUGUCUCAAUUGUCUCAAGGCUUAAAAGUCCUUAUUUAACCUGUCUCCUCCCCGUCAUCUAUACUGAUUGAAGUGGAUUUAACAAGUGACAUCAAUACGGGAUCAUAGCUUUUACCUGGAUUUACCUGGUCAGUCUAUGUCAUGGAAAGUCCAGGUGUCCUUAAUGUUUUGUACACUCAGUGUAUAUGGUUGGCUUGUACAGUAUGUGUGAAUAUGCAGUGUGUGUGUGAAGAAUUGUUCCCUAAGACAAAAAAAUCUAUAAAAAUACACCUCACAACGGCAGGGACGAGAGGGGGUACACAAGCAUGGCUACACACAGGAGCAGAUCCCAUGUCUUCUCAUUUGAGUUGUGUAUUGUCCUCUCUUGGUUCCCCCCACUCGAAGAAAAACAAAACAUCAAUCUUUUGUUUUCCACCCAUGCAAAUACACACCACCCUGUUCUGCACACGCAUACGCAAAAAUAACUAUUUCAAGCCUCACACACACAUAAGAACACCCUUUCACACAGACUCACAUACCAACUCUAACUAAAUGAAUCCCACAGAGAUUUCUGUAUAUGCUUUAUCUUUCCCUUCUAGUCAAACUAUGGAACUUUGACAUUAUUUUAUGUGUUGGUAAUUUCUGUAUAUAAAUUGGGGCAGUGGAUAUUACAAAUUCCCGCUUGAAACUAUUUAAUUCAUUUAAUCACUUUUCUUUUUAAUAUUUUAUUUUCUCAUAGUUCUAUUAAGGUACAUAUAUUUACAUACAGAUCUUUGUUGGUUUUAUGAGUAGACCUUAUGGUACGUUGAUUUUGUAGUGUUUGAGAUAGUUAAGGAUUUAGAUAGACUUAAGAUCAUGCUUUUCAUAGAUACAGGUGCACUAUAUUUAAAUGAUAUACUGUGCCUCUGUUCAAAUAUCAGAUUUUUUUUAAAACAAUGCCACAAUCCCAUUUCUCUUUUCAUCUACAAAGGCCUCAGAUCAACAUCUUCUCACGUCAAUAACCGAGUGUCCAAAAUACAAGUGAAUAGCAUAGAAAUGUUUGCUGUAGCCACAAGGAAUGAAUUGCCAUAUAUUGAUUUAGCCAAUAUAGGCAUUUUUUCAAGUUUCAAAUGUAAAUCAUUCUCAGCUGCUUUGCUAUAACAUUUCAUGCAUAUUACUCCUAGACAUGAGUAGAUUGUCAUACAAAUCAACUGAACCCUUAAUCGAUCAUAUUGAAACUACCUAUUUAUUCAUAACAUUGAGUGACGUGAUAUAAUGCCUUUUCUCUUAGCCUUCCCUUUGAUGCUACCCUUAUGAUGGGGCCUUCCCUUAAAGUUAGCCAUGCCCCUUGACAAGCCAUAACCUCUGAACACCCCACCCCCUCCUAUUGUCAAACUUUUAAUGGACAUUAGGGAAUGUCACAGACAUUUGUAUGCAGACAUUAUUUUGUGUGUAUACUGUAGAUCAAUGAAAAACAUAUUUAACAAAAUGUUAUGGAGAUUUCAUAUGAAUGUUAGUCUCAUGAUGGUAAUGGGUAUUGUAAUUAGUAUGAUGAUUAUUGUAAUUAUUAUUGCUAUUACAAUGAAUUAUUGAUAUUUACUUAAUUAAAUAGAAAUUGCUUUUAUGUGAAUAAGGGUGAAGUUUAUAUUUCUGGAGAUUUAAAUAAGCAAACAAAUGAAUAAAUAGAUAUAUCCCUAUCCUCCCA